AUGUCUCUUACCAACAAGCUUGCUAUCACAGACGUCGACGUCAAGGACAAGCGUGUCCUGAUCCGCGUCGACUUCAACGUCCCCCUCAAUGACAAGAAGGAGGUCACCAACCCCCAGCGUAUCGUUGGUGCUCUGCCCACCAUCAAGUAUGCCAUCGACAACGGCGCCAAGGCCGUCAUUCUGAUGUCCCACCUGGGCCGUCCCGAUGGCAAGAAGAACCCCAAGUACAGCCUGAAGCCCGUGGUCCCCGUGCUGGAGAAGCUGCUGGACCGCAGCGUCAUCUUCACCGAUGACUGCGUCGGCAAGGACGUCGAGGAGACCGUCAACAAGGCCUCGGGCGGCCAGGUCAUCCUGCUGGAGAACCUGCGUUUCCACGCCGAGGAGGAGGGUAGCUACAAGGAUGAGGAGGGCAAGAAGGUCAAGGCCGAUAAGGAGAAGGUUGCGGAGUUCCGCAAGGGUCUGACUGCUCUCGGUGACAUCUACAUCAACGAUGCUUUCGGAACGGCUCACCGCGCUCACAGCUCCAUGGUCGGCGUUGACCUGCCCCAGAAGGCCUCCGGCUUCCUGGUGAAGAAGGAACUCGAGUACUUCGCCAAGGCGCUCGAGCACCCCGCCCGCCCCUUCCUGGCCAUCCUCGGCGGCUCCAAGGUCUCCGACAAGAUCCAGCUGAUCGACAACCUGCUGCCCAAGGUCAACAGCCUGAUCAUCACCGGCGGCAUGGCCUUCACCUUCAAGAAGACACUCGAGAACGUCAAGAUCGGCAACAGUCUGUUCGAUGAGGCCGGCAGCAAGAUCGUCGGCGAGGUCAUGGAGAAGGCCAAGAAGCACAACGUCAAGGUCGUCCUUCCCGUCGACUACGUGACCGCCGACAAGUUCGGCGCCGACGCCAAGGUUGGCUACGCCACCGACGAGCAGGGCAUCCCCGACGGCCUCAUGGGCCUGGAUGUCGGCCAGAAGAGUGUUGCCCUGUAUAAGGAGACCAUUGCCGAGGCCAAGACCAUCCUCUGGAACGGCCCCCCCGGUGUCUUCGAGCUGGAGCCCUUCGCCAACGGCACCAAGCAGACCCUCGAUGCCGCCGUCGACGCGGCUAAGAACGGUGCCAUCGUCAUCAUCGGCGGUGGUGACACCGCGACCGUCGCGGCCAAGUACGGCGCCGAAGACAAGCUCAGCCACGUCUCCACCGGCGGCGGUGCUUCCCUGGAGCUCCUGGAAGGCAAGGAGCUGCCCGGUGUUGCUGCCCUGUCAAGUAAGUAA